AUGUAUAAAAUGGAAUAUUCUUACCUCAAUUCCUCUGCCUACGAGUCCUGUAUGGCCGGGAUGGACACCUCGAGCCUGGCUUCAGCCUAUGCAGACUUCAGUUCCUGCAGCCAGGCCAGUGGCUUCCAGUAUAACCCGAUCAGGACCACUUUUGGGGCCACGUCCGGCUGCCCGUCCCUCACUCCGGGAUCCUGCAGCCUCGGCACCCUCAGGGACCACCAGAGCAGUCCGUACGCCGCAGUUCCGUACAAACUCUUCACGGACCACGGCGGCCUCAACGAGAAACGCAAGCAGCGGCGCAUCCGCACCACGUUCACAAGCGCGCAGCUCAAAGAGCUGGAGAGGGUCUUCGCCGAGACGCACUACCCUGACAUCUACACCCGGGAGGAGCUGGCGCUGAAGAUUGACCUCACCGAGGCCAGAGUCCAGGUGUGGUUCCAGAACCGUCGGGCCAAGUUUCGCAAGCAGGAGCGCGCCGCAGCCGCAGCGGCCGCUGCAGCCAAAAACGGCUCCUCGGGCAAGAAGUCCGACUCCUCCCGGGACGACGAGAGCAAAGAGGCCAAGAGCACCGAUCCGGACAGCACCGGGGGCCCGGGACCUAACCCCAACCCGACCCCCAGCUGCGGGGCCAACGGCGGCGGCGGCGGCGGGCCCAGCCCGACCGGAGCUCCGGGCGCGGCGGGCCCAGGGGGCCCCGGAGGCGAACCCGGCAAGGGCGGUGCGGCUGCGGCGGCUGCUGCAGCGGCGGCGGCGGCAGCGGCGGCGGCGGCGGCGGCGGCGGGAGGCCUGGCUGCGGCCGGGGGCCCCGGACAAGGCUGGGCUCCCGGCCCGGGCCCCAUCACCUCCAUCCCGGAUUCGCUUGGGGGCCCCUUCGCCAGCGUCUUGUCUUCGCUCCAAAGACCCAACGGUGCCAAGGCCGCCUUAGUGAAGAGCAGUAUGUUCUGA